GAUGGCCUUCUUCUCCAAGGUUAUUCAGAUUUCAUAAACAGGAUCCACAGUCAAAUUCCUCAGAUAACUUCAGAUGGAAAGAGACUUCAGGUGAUUGUGUGCUCUGCAACAUUACAUUCUUUUGAUGUGAAAAAGCUAUCUGAAAAGAUCAUGCAUUUUCCCACUUGGGUUGAUUUGAAAGGAGAAGAUUCUGUCCCUGAAACUGUACACCAUGUGGUUGUGCCUGUAAAUCCAAAAGCUGACAAACUCUGGGAGAGGCUUGGCAAGAAUCAUAUCAGAACUGAUGAAGUACAUGCAAAAGACAACACCCGUCCUGGUGCUAACACUCCAGAGAUGUGGUCUGAAGCUAUUAAAAUCCUAAAGGGAGAAUACACCGUUCGUGCGAUCAAAGAACACAAGAUGGACCAAGCCAUUAUUUUCUGCAGGACUAAAAUAGAUUGUGAUAAUAUGGAGCAGUACUUCAUCCAGCAGGGUGGAGGCCCUGAUAGGAAGGGACAUCAGUUCUCAUGUGUCUGCUUGCAUGGUGACAGAAAACCUCAAGAAAGAAAGCAAAACCUGGAAAGAUUUAAGCGAGGAGACGUCCGCUUCCUGAUCUGCACAGACGUGGCUGCCAGAGGGAUUGAUAUCCAUGGGGUUCCUUAUGUUAUCAAUGUCACACUCCCUGAUGAAAAACAGAACUAUGUUCAUCGGAUUGGGAGAGUAGGCAGAGCUGAGAGGAUGGGUUUGGCAAUCUCACUUGUGGCCAAAGAGAAAGAAAAGGUUUGGUACCACGUGUGCAGUAGUCGUGGAAAAGGGUGUUACAAUACUAGGCUGAAGGAAGAAGGAGGUUGUACCAUCUGGUACAAUGAGAUGCAGGUAAACACUUUGCUUAAGCAAAGUCAUAGUUCUUGUUGUAGCUGUGUGGAUGAA